AUGGCAGCACCACUCCCAACAACCGCAGACGGCUACAUCGACAUCACAGCACAAGAGACAAAGGACACACUCGAGCAGCGGAUAUGGGAUAUAGACGAGCAACUCUCUGACGUUGAGUCCAUCGACGACGACUCUGACUUCUCAGAGUUCUCAACCACCUCCUCAACCGACACACGCGAUAUCCAGCGCGAGUGGGACGAGAACAUGGAGCAGGGUCGUCAACUCUUUGCUAUGGUCAUCUUCCCCUUUGUCGGACGCUGGAUUGGCAAGAAGAUGUCAUACUGGGUGUGGACACGGUUCCUUCAGCACCACUACAAGUUCCGUUCCUUUGGAGCAAUAGGCGCAUAA